AUGGAGUUCUGCUCGGGGACAGUAAAUGCGUCGUCUGUCAGUGCCACCACAGAUGGGGCGGACUGGAGUCUCUCGCCACUAUUAGUGCCGACCAGGUCGACAGGAGUGAACUCUCUUCGCAUCAAAUUGGAGAGGAUCGGUGACUCACUCUGGAUCUGGUAUCAGGUCCCUUCGGUCUCUCCGUAUGCAACGACGCCGGGAGCAGUGGGCAGUACAUGGAAGAAACUGCGGGAAGUGACCUGGUUUUUCUAUGGGGUGGAGGAUAAGUCCAUCCACGUGGGCGUCUAUGCCAGUCGGCCGGCAAAUAUAUCGCGGGACGGCACCAUGUGGGCGAUGAUGAAUGGAUCAGCGACAGCCGAAGGCGGACUGGUGGUUGAGUUUGAGGACUUGGAGAUAUUUUAA